GCAGAAGCAGGAGGAGGCAGGUUUGGCAGCAGGGCUCGGGACAGCGGAUUUCACGUUAAUCACGUGGCGGCGCAAGGAAAGCACGGGCUGAACCCGUAACCGGCAGCAGAACCCAACGCCCAGCGGAGCCGCCGCGCGCAGAGCCAGAACUACCCGGCGGCGCUAGCAGGACAGCUUAGCGUACUACUGCGCCUGCGCACUGUGAGGCCCAUGCUCCUGAAUCGGCCUGCGAGUAGGAAGCGUACGCAACAUGUGGGGGGGGAAGAGAAUGUUGGGCGCCAAUAGUGCGCAUGCGCUCUAAGACCACCCUUCCUCUCUGUAGGGAGAUGACGCAUGUGAGACCCUAUCCAGACCCGGGAAGGCGGAGUGUAACGUUGAGGUGGGCGGCGAAGCGCAUGCGCUGUGGGGAGACCCCCCCCCACACACCAUCGAUUGCCUGAUUGGGUGCCGAAAUUCUGUUUCCGGUUAGCUUUCCUCCAUAUCCGGGUCACUGCGCCGCGUGGCUGUUGUUAUUGGUUAACGCGCUAAUAAAGUUACACUUAAAAAAAACUAGCCAGCAGUCGUCUGACUCUCGCGCGCGUGUUGUUCCGAGCCGCCACACAACAACGGCCUGUACCGGAGCAAGAGUUAACAGUUUUGGCCAAUAGCUGCUUCAGGAAAGAUGGCUGCUUUCCGUCUACCACCUCUGCCAACUGUUAGAGAGAUUAUUAAACUGUUUGAUCUCCGAGCACAAAAGCAGCUAUCCCAGAAUUUUCUCCUGGAUUUGAGAUUGACAGAUAAGAUAGUGAGACAGGCUGGCAAGCUGAAAGAUGCCCAUGUCUGUGAGGUGGGCCCUGGGCCAGGAGGAAUUACAAGAUCCAUUCUCAGUGGUGAUGUUGCUCAACUCCUGUUAGUUGAAAAAGAUAUUCGAUUUAUUCCAGGACUGCAGAUGCUGUCUGAAGCAGCUCCGGGAAAAGUGCACAUUGUUCAUGGGGACAUUUUGACAUAUAAGAUGGAGAGAGCUUUUCCAAAACACCUUCAAAAGAAGUGGGAAGAUGAUCCACCAAACGUGCAUAUCAUUGGAAAUCUGCCGUUCAGUGUUUCAACUCCUCUGAUCAUCAGGUGGCUUGAAAAUGUUUCCAAUAGAGAUGGACCUUUUGUUUAUGGCAGAACUCGGAUGACUUUGACUUUUCAGAAGGAAGUAGCAGAGAGGCUCGCAGCCACCACAGGAAGCAGGCAACGUAGCAGACUGUCCAUCAUGUCUCAGUACCUCUGCACUGUUCAAAACUGUUUCACAAUUCCAGGUCGAGCCUUUGUUCCAAAACCAGAGGUGGAUGUGUCAGUAGUGCACUUUACCCCUUUGGUGCAACCAAAGAUACAGCAACCCUUUAAGCUGGUGGAAAAGGUCGUUAAAAGUGUUUUUCAGUUCAGAAGAAAAUACUGCUGUCGGGGAGUGGAAAUCCUGUUUCCAGAAGCUGAACGCUUGGAAAAAAGUGAACAGAUGCUGAUGUUGGCAGAUGUGGAUCCAACUCUGCGUCCAGCUCAGCUCUCCAUUUUACAUUUUAAAAACCUGUGUGAUGCAUACAGGAAAAUGUGUGAUGAAGACACAAACCUUUUCAGUUACAACUACAGGGAAGAACUGAAGCAGAAGAAGAGAAUUAGAAAAAAAGGACACUUGGAGCAGUCUGAACAGGAAGACCAGCUCUAACAUGUCAGGCACACUUUUUUCUUUUUAGAUGCACAAUCUAUAAUUGUUUUUGUAAAAGGAGACUGUUUUCAAAAAUUACACACCGAUAUACACUUUGUUGAAAUACUGGAGGAAGAGGGGCGGUUCCUAUCUUCCUUAUUUAUUCCAUUCUGCUAUACAGAAAGAGGAUGCACUGAAUAUGGGAUCCUUAACCUGCUAAGGUUUGGUGUAUUCUCCACUCUGUUUUUCAGGUCCUGAUUCAGCAAGGUAAAGUUAGACACAUGCUUCAGAACCUUCGUAAAUGGGGGCCUCUCUGAAAUGAAUGGGAGUUUUGUAUGAGUGAGAGGUGCAUUAGUGAGUCCUUAAAGUAAAAUUUUACUUACUAUUCCAGCAUAACAAACUUUAUGUGAUAGUGUUUUUCAUUUCACUCUCCUUAUCCUAGAACACUCUACUGGGCAGAAAUCUUAUAUUAAUGCACUCAAGCAAAUAGCCUCACGAAGGAUAAAGUGCACAGAAGGCCUGCUAAUACUCUUAUUUAUCCCAAACAAAAGAACUCAGUCUUGAAAGCUCCAGUAGGCGGAAGCUGUGAAUAAAGCAAGAAACUAGACAUAAUGCUCAUUUUCCUUUUACUGUACAAGUUGGUAGAGAAAAUAAAAAUACAAUCAAAUAAAAGAUUACAGUACAA